GUCCCCCCAUGCCUGCCAUGGUUCGAGUACUAUUUGCUCUUUUCCUUGAAGUGUGUCUCGUCACACUCUCCGUCCAACGCCCUGCCUCCGCGAACGUGAACUAUGAAAUAGUGUGUGAAAUACAGUCUGAUGGAACGUGCAACCUCGUCAUAGAGCCCAGACAGGGGAAAGACCCUCAAAACGAAAUAGAAGUAGUGGCAGAUAGUAGUGUUGUAAGGGUAGCACAGGGCCAAGAUGUCGCGCUUAUAUGUUUCAUCAACACAGAACACGACCUGGCGACCAUCGACAGAGUAUUCUGGUAUAAAUACAAGAAUACCGGAGAGUGGGUGAGGCAAAACCGCCGAACAGCAUUCAACGGGGACGAAAUGAGCAUCAACAUCACAGUGCGACGUGAUGCCAAAUACAGAUGCAAAGCCUGCUACGAGGACAGCUGUACAUCUGCUGACAUCAACGUUCAAACAGGAGGGAGAAGGCGGAGGAGCACGUAGGAGGUUGUUAGGUGAUUAGUUACCAAUUAGUUACCAAUUAGCUGUUAAUUACUUACUAGUUAGGUACUAAUUGGCUAUUUUCUGCUGAUUGGUUAUUUCUAGGCGAUAUUAGGAGAUUGUGAAAAUUAUCUGUUAUCAGCUUCGGAACUGAUUGCCUUUGUGAGUAGUUACCUUUUGCUGAAAACGUAGAAGGCAAAUCAGCAUGAUUCAAUUUAUUUUAAAAUAAAGUGACUGUGUUUUGACCUCAAAAAGGGGCAACCAACAAAUUUAUUUGUGAUAUUUUCAAACAUAACAAACGAAAAACAUUUUACCAACGAAGACUGUUUUUAUCGAACGACUGAAGAAUUAAAUUUUAAUUUCCAUCUUUUGUGAUGGUUUAACAAAUAAUUUUUAUAUUUCAAUAAUGAUUUAAUUCAACAAAAGUAGAUAUAUUAUGACAAUUAUCAAACGAAAAGAUUUUAUCUAAGCUUGAUGAAACUCUCACAGCAUUAUUUUCCGCCAAAAUUUAUAUCUUGGCACAAAUUUUCACUUUAAGUCGAUUAGUAUGUUAGGUAGGAGUCCUUAGCUAAUUCUGGAUUUCUUAAUUACACGUUGUUUUUGAAUAAAAACGUAAGUUUACCACACUGAUAAAGUGCAUGAAUUAUGCACUAUGCAGGCCUACAUUUUAUCUAGUAAUAGUGAUGAUGUGAUUGUUUAUGUAAUGGAUGUAAUU